CACUGAAUAAUACUGGUAUAUUGUAGUAAGCUUUAUGUCUGUCACUUUUCAAUCGAUUUGCAUGAAGAAUGGACGUAGUACGACGUCGCGGGAUUAGCUAGUAUGUACUAUAUUCGUGGAGAUACUACAAUAGCACUAAAAAAUGAUGACUGGCAUAGAUGAUACUUCAACCGUGCCCAAGGUCUCCUUCUACAAUAAUAACCACAGAUGUCAUCGCGGAAUAAUCAGUCAGAAGAUGGAGUUACAAACAAUAACAGCCAGUACGGCUACAGGAAAGAUUUCCGUACGGCUUUCCCCCAACUCAUAGCGGUCAGCGUAAAAAAUUUGUUAUUAUUAGGUUAUGGCAUGACUCUUGGCUUCCCAACUAUCCUCAUACCCGCUGUAGAAAAUCCAGUAGAAGGAGAAGUAUUACAUUUGACCAAUACUGAAUUGUCUUGGAUAAGUUCGAUCAAUUAUAUAGUAGUGCCCUUUGGAUGCGCUAUAUCCGGGAUAGUGACGUCACCGUUAGGUCGAAGAAAGGCCAUGCAAGUGGUCAAUAUACCAUUCUUUGUAGCGUGGCUGUUGUUUCACUACGCGAGUACCACGGCAUAUCUGUAUGGUGCAUUAAUACUGACGGGGUUGGCUGGUGGAGUCUUAGAAGCGCCGGUGUUGACAUAUGUAGCGGAGAUCACUCAGCCACAUCUCCGCGGCGCCCUGACCGCCACCAGCUCUCUGUGCAUUAUUCUUGGAGUAUUUACUCAGUUCCUGUUUGGACUGUUUCUAUAUUGGAGGACGGUCGCGCUGGUGAACAUUGUCUUUACGAUUCUAGCAGUGGUGGCCCUAUGUUUUGUCCCUGAGUCACCGCAUUGGCUGGUAUCAAAAAAACGACACAACGACGCUCAAAAGAGUUUACAAUGGUUGAGAGGGUGGACCAACGCAAGUGCAGUUGAAGAGGAGUUGAAAGAUAUUCAAAACUUGUACAAAAGGAAAAAAGUUGAGUUACAAGACGAAGAAGAGUCGUUUACAGAAAAAAUUACACAUUAUUUGGAGCGAAGUUUCUACGUGCCUUUUGCGUUGAUUUCUUUCAGUUUUUUCGUCGGACAUUUCAGUGGUAUGACUACUCUUCAGACUUUCGCAGUAUCCAUAUUUCAGAGGCUACAAGCUCCAAUUGACAAAUAUUAUGCGACGCUCAUUAUUGGCAUUCUGCAAAUACUAGGUACAGCAGUGUGUGUAUUAUUGGUACACUAUACAGGAAAGCGGCCGCUGACAUUCUUCUCCACGGGCGGAGCUGCAGUUUGCUGUUAUUUUGUAGCUGCCUACGAUGGCUAUUUAAAAUACGAUGGGGUACCCCAAACCACAGAAAUAAAUGCCACCACUGCGACAGACAGUUUUAUUGACGAUAUGGGUAAUUCGUAUUCAUGGAUACCGACAACACUCCUUAUGUUGUUAGCUUUAUUGACACACACGGGAAUUCGACUUUUACCAUGGAUAUUAAUUGGUGAAAUCUUCAGUGCUAAAACUAGAUCGGGCGGUGCUGGAUUAGCAAGUGCCGUAGGUUACAUCUUCGGAUUUUUCGCUAACAAACUAUACAUUGAUAUGGUUGAGCGUCUUGAUUUAUGGGGAACGUAUGGCCUGUAUGGAAUUGUGUGUACAUUGGGCUGUAUAAUAUUUUAUUUCACUCUACCUGAAACUGAAGGGAAAAAAUUAAGUGACAUCGAAAAUCACUUCGCAGGUGUAAAGCGACUAACUAAUACAGUAUACAGAUCUAAGAAAAUACCGAAUCAAGAAGAUGCUAAAAUGCGAGAUUUGAAAGGUGCCGUCAAUUCUGCUUUUGAACCUGAAAAUUCACAAUUGUAAAAU